AUGGAAAAAGAGUCAUCCAAGUUGACAAAGAAGAGCUUUCGCGAAAACAUCAAAACAAUAGGACGGAUAAUGAGACUAGGCAAGCUGGACUGGAAGUUGUUUCUUUUGGCUGUUGGAUUUAUUGUGUGUGCUGUUUUAUACCCCACAACGGCUGUAAGGCUAGUAGGAGCUAUACUUGAUUCGUUCAAUCUGGGGGUCAAAGACGAAGAUGGCAACUUGAUAGUCUGGGGCUUUAAACUUUCAACCAUAUUUGGGUUGAUGGUUCCAUUUAUGUGUCUUAGUGCUACAUGUUUCUGGGCAAGAAACUGGGUAUUAAAGCUCUUGGGUGAAAGAUUGGUUGCUAGGCUCAGGGCCAAUGUAAUGAAAAGCAUGUUGCGUCAUGAUAACAGAUUCUAUGAUAAUGACAAGAAUAAAGUUGGAGAUCUCAUCAGUAGACUUUCGAGUGAUGCAUAUGUCGUGAGCAAGUCGAUUACAGGCAGCUUACCCGAUGGGUUAAAGAAUUUGCUUCUUGGAGUAGUGAGUUCAUACAUGAUGUAUUCGAUUAAUCCGCUUUUGUUUGGAGUGAUGCUUUUGAUUUCACCACCAAUAACUUUUGGUUCAGUCAUUUAUGGAGAAAAGAUUCGAAAAUUAUCCACAAAGUUGCAAAAUGCCACAGCAGGAUUGACCAAAGUAAGCGAAGAGACAUUGAAUUCAAUCAAGUUGGUUCAAGCAUUUACUGGAGAAAGGAAGGAAUUGGACAAGUACAGCGAAAGACUCCGUCAAGUGGUGACGGUUGCCAAGCAAGAAGCAUUGGCACAAUCGAACUAUUCGGUGAGCAUCUAUACCUUGUACCAUGUAGGUUACUUGUCAUGUGUUGCCGUUGGUGUAUGGCUUAUGACCCAUGGCCACAUGAGCGCAGGAGAUGUCGUUGCCUUUACUAUGUACCUGGAGUUUUUCAACCUGGCAUUGUACAGUUUGACAAAUACUUACCUUGAACUCAUGAAAGGUGCCGGAGCCGGUGUCAAACUAUUCAAUUUGCUUGAUUACAAGAGUGAUGUUCACCCAAUAAAGGGUGAAAAGGCAAGAAGCCUUCCCAAUGAAGUUGAGUUCCGCCAUGUUACGUUUAGUUACCCAACGCGUCCAAAAGAUAAAGUGUUUGAUGACUGCAGCUUUGUUGUUAAAGGCUCGUCCAGUACCUGUUUUGUUGCUCCUUCUGGUGCUGGUAAGUCGACAGUUGCGUCAUUGCUAUUGAGAUCGUAUAAUAUUCAACUGGGUGAGAUUCUUAUUGGAGGCAAAAACAUCAAGGAUUUGCAAGUCAGAGAUUUAAGAAGAUACAUCAUUGGUAUUGUGCAGCAAGAGCCUGUCUUGUUGAGUGGUACCAUAUUGGAAAAUAUCGUUUAUGGGCUUACACCACAACAAAUCGCCGGCCUCACAAUGGAUGAUGUCAUUGAAGUAAGUAAACAAGCAAAUUGCCACGACUUUAUUGAAAUGUUCCCCAACAAGUACGACACCAUCAUUGGCAGUCGCGGUGCAUCCUUAUCAGGAGGACAGAAGCAGAGGAUAGCCAUUGCGCGUGCACUAAUCAAGAAACCCCACAUAUUGAUCUUGGAUGAGGCAACUUCGGCCUUGGACUCGAAGUCUGAAGCCCUUAUAAACGAGACCUUGAGGGAUUUGACCUCGCAAGGAAAAAUGACAAUCAUCUCGAUUGCACACAGACUAUCCACGAUUUCCAAGUCAGAAUAUGUGAUUGUUUUGGGCAAGCACGGCCAAGUAGUAGAGGAAGGAAGAUUUGUACAACUUUUCAGUAAUCCUAAUAGUGAAUUAACCAAAUUGUUGGACGAAUCAACCAAUAAGCAAGAGCAGGAUGGUAUAGAUGAGGAUGAAGUUGAAAAGAUUGAGCAAGCAGACCGUGAAGCUGAAGAGAUUGAGAAAUUGCAGCAGGAGUAUGGUCAGCUUCAGCAAUUAAAAGAAUUAAUCGACUCUUUACCAGAAGAACUUAGAGAUCAACUUAUCCAAGAACUCACACUAGAUGCAGCAAAAAAAGUGCAGCACUUGGAUUCUGCAUUGGAUGAGGACUUGAAACGAUAA